AAAAUCCUUAAUGAAUAACUUAGGACGAGUAGGAGGCAAAUGCUGCCCCAGCUGUUUCCUGUUGAAAAUGUCUGUGUAAUGUAGAUAAAUGUGAGGGAUUUUCUCUCUAAAUCCGUCUCCUGUUCGCUAAAUCUCACUUCUCCAAAACGAGCCUGCGCAAUGGAACAAAGUCGGAAUAUUGAGAUGUGACAUUGCCCGCAUCUCAUCCUCUUUCUCCCCGUUUUUUAAUGACUUCAAACAAGUUCAUUUUCGCCGGGCUUUGUCUUGCGGAGACCCGUGGGGAUGUCUAGCGCUCUUUCCUUUCAGUGGCAUUUAUGUGAUGUCUUCAAGAGUGCGAUGUGCUGUAUCUCCUGUAGCCACACCCUCUCACUACUGCUGUGCGUCCUCACCCUGACUCCGACGGCAACAGGGGCGGGCCCAGAGACCCUGUGCGGGGCGGAGCUGGUCGACACGCUGCAGUUUGUGUGUGGAGAGAGAGGCUUUUAUUUCAGUAAACCAACAGGUUAUGGCCCCAAUGCACGGCGGUCACGUGGCAUUGUGGACGAAUGCUGCUUCCAAAGCUGUGAGCUGCGGCGCCUGGAGAUGUACUGUGCACCUGCCAAGACUAGCAAGGCUGCUCGCUCUGUGCGUGCACAGCGCCACACAGACAUGCCGAGAGCACCCAAGGUUAGUACCGCAGGGCACAAAGUGGACAAAGGCACAGAGCGUAGGACAGCACAGCAGCCAGACAAGACAAAAAACAAGAAGAGACCUUUACCUGGACAUAGUCAUUCAUCCUUCAAGGAAGUGCAUCAGAAAAACUCAAGUCGAGGCAACACGGGGGGCAGAAAUUACAGAAUGUAGGGAAGGUGCGAAUGGACAAAUGCCCAGCGACUUGGGAAGAGAGAAGGGAGUGGCCUUACCUGGUACCCCUGUGGAAUGGUUCACUGUAAAACAAAACAAAGAGGAUGCUGACAAAGGUCCGAAAAGCUCUUCAAAAUGAUUGAAACCUGAGAGCUAAGUGGUGUUUAAGGGUUUGAUGAGGGAUCUUGUGAUUAUUUUAUACACUGCACCAUUCCAUAUCGGGAGGAAUUCUUUGUUAAUGCAAUGUAACAGACUAGUUUAGCUGCUGAGACACGAACAAGAGCUUAUUAUACCUCCAUGUGUGAGCUGCAGCAUCCCCCCCCCCCCCGGCUCCAGGAAAGGUGGGAACGGAUCUGGGCUUCAGCCAAUCAGAGAGCGGCAGGCUGUGUUUGAGAAUGAGUGGUCCGUCCUGUCUCCUGAACUUUGCGGAGGUAAAUCCUUUCAGUCUGAGAGAGUGGAUUCAUUCACUCCUCAGGUAAUACUUUAUCACCUGUCACAUUUAAUAGUUACUACCCCAGUUAUAAACAAUCUGAUUGUCUUACCUUCAGACUUUGUUUUUAUGCACCAUGCAUUGCUAAAGAUAUUCUAAGAAGAAAAAGCAAAGUUUGCUUUAAAGGUUCAGUGUGUAAGAUUUAGGGGGAUUUAGUGGCAGCUCGUGGUGAGGAUUUGCAGAUUGCAACCAGCUGAAACUUCUCCCGGUUAGAUUUUCUUUAGUGUUCAUUGUUCAGGAGGUUUUUACCGGGAGCUGAAUUAUCCGCAGAGGUCUCCUCCUCUCUAAAACAAAUGGACCAGGUGAUUGAAUCCACUAAAAACACUGUAUAAAACAGUUUCACUUUACAAAACAGUGUUUCUCCGAUGCUGUUUGGCAUGACGGAGACAUGCCGCUAGCAUAGCACCCGCUAAUGUGUGCUCACCUUUCUUCUCUGAUAACUUAAAAUCCAGACGUUCAGGAGGUUUUUAUUGGGAGCUGAAUUAUCCGCAGAGGUUUCUUCCUCUCCAAAAUUAACGGACCUGCUGAUUUAAACCGGUAAAACACUGAAAAAAGCAGUUUCCCAUUUAAAAAAUCUGUUCUGCCAGUGCUGCUUGUCACAGAGGGGCUGCUAACUAUGGUGGCAAAAACAUGAAUGGCCCUAUCAAGGGCCAGUGUUUUGUUUGUCUGUUCUGGGCCACUGUAAAAACAUGGUGGUGCAAUAUAGCAAACUCUGUGGAUGAGGACCUGCUCGUGGUGUAGAUAGCAACAGCUCAUUCUAAGGUAAUGAAAACACAGCAGUUCUUAUUUUCAGGUGAUUAUAGACGGAAAAAAAACACACUUACUAUAUUAUACUCCAUUUCUGCCGAUAUAUCCCCAUAAAUCCUACACACUGGACCUUUUGACAGACAAAGACCAGGUGAUUCAUUAUCAGACUUUAAACAUUGUUGUAGUUAUUUUACCUUGAGCCCAAGUCAAAUCCCUACUUCUCAUUGACUCCAGAAGGCAGCGUUCUUCUGUCUCAGUGGAGUCCCUUGAAGGUUUGAGUCCAAUCCAAAUCCCUCCUAAGCCUCAGGAAGUGUUGAGAACCUGAGGACAGAGUCUACGAUCCAAACACUUCUACAACAACAGAUCAAGCACCAUUAGAGGGGAUUUUCAGGAAGGUGGGAAGUACAAAAACAAGAUUGUGCCUGUUUAAGAAAAAAACAGAGAAAACUAAUUAACCAGAAGCUAAAUUGAAUUAAGGAUUUUUUGGCCAGUCGGUCCAUGGUGCUUGUUUUGUUGUCAGAAAUGGGUCAUUCAGUGGAUUCAAAGUGCAUUUGGCAUAAGUGAAUGGAAAAGGGCAAAUAGCGACAAUCAGGCAAAAUGUCGUGGCCAAAUCUGAUUUUUGUCAACAAUCCAGUCAACGGUGAUCAACAUUUGAUUCUGAGUGGAGGCCUGUGUUCAAGGUUAAGCACCAGUCAUGAAAGUUUAGUCACAGCAAGUCAACAAGCGCUCUUUAGAGUAAAUUAUUUUUCCUGUUCUCUUAAAGAACUAUUAUGUUCCCAGAUCUGUCAACACCUACGUCUGAAGCAAAAUAAGGAGAGGCUCUGACUAUAGCCACGUAGAUGGGAAGUUUAAUGGUUACUCGAUCUUGGCCAUUUUGAUAGUUUGGGGAGGCCGAGACCUUUGCUACUUCAGUUGUCGCUUGGACUGCAUUGCCUGCCAUCAUGGCGAGAGCACAUCAACGAAACCCACAGCAUCUGUUGCAAAGUCCACCGAAGAAACACGCAGAUUAAACGAUUUGGUAAAUAUUGCGAACCAAAAAUGACAAGUCAUCCUGGAGAUGUGAGAUACGGCACACAUAUAACAGUACACAAACACACAUGCAAAGCACCCACAGUGUAAAUGAGAGUUGUGUAACUGUGCGCAAGGGUCAAACACACACAGACACACAGACACACAGACGUUUCAUAAAAGCCAGUUCUGAGAAGUCCUUGCAUGAGGGCCGACAGUCAUGGCUGUUUGUACAAGCCUCCAUGCGGAUCUACAGUCGUUUUAUCGCACAAACCGCCCAAGACAUCUCAUCUCUGGCUCUGCCUCCUCUGCCUGUGUAUAAUCAAACAGUACUCCCAUUUAUGUUAACCUAUGCAUUACUAUCAUUCAUUGUACAUGAUGGUUUCAUAUAACAAAACUGUAUUAAGAAUCCUAUCCACUGUAUAAUGGUGCUAUUUUGUAGUUUGUUACUUGCAAGAGAUGGCUAAGACAGACAGAUGGCAGGGCUUACAUCGGAGGUCUUCCCUUUUGCACAGCCUUGUGGCCACCAUUUUAAUAGUGUUUUUAUUUGUAAGCUGUUUCAAUAAGGUAGUAGUGUAAGCGAGUAAAUGUAUCUGUGUGAAAUCUGUGAAUGCAUGGAGAUAAAAAAAAAAGAAGAAAAUACCAUGUUGUGGUCCCAAGAAGGCAAAAUGCUAUUUUUUCUACUGUUUUUGAAUUAUUUUCUCAAUAUAGAUCCCUUAUGCCAAAUAACUUGACAAAAGUACUGUGAACUGUGAUUCUUCCAAUUGUAUUGACAUUCUUAAAAGUCAUGGUGUGCUUUUGUCUGCCCUGAGAUGUGUGUGUACAUGCACCUCACUGGAAGCCAAGGUAUUGAUUAUUGGAAAAAAAAACUAUAUAUAUAUGUAUAUAUAUAUAUAUAUAUAUAUAUAUAUACACAAGACUACGUAGCUUUUGCUGAACAGCAGCCACUGUGGCUACAAGUGGUAAUUACAGGAUAAUGGCAUAUUAAAUUUGCCUUCAUUCCCCAAGAUUCUCAAGAGUCAGACACCAUUAUGUUUAUCUGUGACACGCUAAAAUGUAGUGUAACAGGACUGGUAGAGAAAAACAAGUAGAGAAAAGGUUUAAGGUCAGUGAAUUUAAUCAUUAAUAUCGCACAGCGUCUAGCUUAAAGGAAUAGUUCAUAUUUUUGGGAAAUUCACUUUCUUGCCGAGAGUUAGAUCAGAAAAUGCACUACAUAAAAUAAAAAAAAUUGGCCACUGUGACGACACCCAUUGGUUUGUGGACUCACGUUUUGAAGCCUCGAGUUUGGCAUUUUGACUGUCGCCAUCUUGGAUUUUUGGAGCUAGUUGUGACCGUGUUUGGACGAAAAGGUGAAGAUAACCCGACUGCUUGCUGCUAGCUUGGUUAGCGCGAUGCAUUUACAGCUAUGGUUAUGUGUAAUAAUGCUAAUGCUAACUUUUAUUAGUGAAAAAAAGGCUGAAAACCAUUAAAACAAAAUGUACUUAACGGAAAGCUGGAUAUCCCUGUACAGUUGUCAUGAUCAGGGAAAUUAGCUGUAGCUAAUUAGCUUAAGACCAAAACUGUUUCUUUACCAGGCUGUAAACAUGUUUAUUUCUGCUGUAAAGUUGGGCAUUUUGACAUGGGUGUCUGUGGGUAUUGACUCGCUUUUGGAGCCAGCCUCAAGUGGCCAUUUAAGGAACUGCAGUUUCUGGCACCUCGGUGCUGGCUUCAUUUUUCAGCUGUGAAGGUUGCCACUUGGUAAAAUACAAGGCUUUAGCCAGCAGCUGGUUAGCUUAGCUUAGCACAAAAAGCUGAAAUAGGAGGAAUCAACUCCUGGCCCUGAGAAACGCUCAGCCAUUUUUUCCAAAUUUUCCCAGUGGCCACUCUCUGUAUUGCAGCACAAAAAUCCCCCUGCAGCCCCAAAAGUUUUUUCCCCGUAGACCACCAUUAUAAAAGAGAUGUCUGUAAAACUGUUAACAGGACACCCCGUGGUCAAUUACGACAAUUUCUAUUGUGAAUUUUUGAUCCAUGGAGGUUUUAUAUUCAAAAAACUUCAAAAAAGCGAUGGUGGUCGACAAGCUAGCCAAGCAAGUAGUUUCCCCCUGUUUCAAGUCUUUAUGCUAAGCUAGGCUAACUAGCUUCUGGCUGUAGCUUGAUAUGAGCGCAUUAUCAAUAUUCUCAUCUAACUCUGAGCAAGAAUGCGAACAAGGGUAUUUCCCUAAAUGUCGAACUUCUGCUUUAAGUUUGCUAACAUUAGCUAACAUUAGCCUGCAUAAGCUACUGGUCAUACUAGACCAAACAAGGCUGUAGUUACAAAACCCGUAAGUGUAUUAAAUUGAGCAAGGGUGCAUUUUGUUGCUUUUGAAUUCAACUUUUCAUAUGUAAGAGAGAGAAUGUGUUAUUUCUUCAGAAUGUUGCAUAGUCUCACUUUAAGAAUAGGCCAGGAGUUUAAUUUAUUUUCACCAAAACAUUUGGGUGCCAUGCCAUCGUUCCAACGGCCAGAAAUUAAGAAGCCCCUGUAGUCUGAAAAAUGUCCCAUUGGACCAUAAGUCCAUUUCUUUGACAACCCGUUAUCCAAAAAUCAAAUGCCCAUUGAUCUGAAAUCUUGUUUCUUCCAAAAGACAUAUUCUGUGCAGUUAGUUUUAGUUCCCAAGCAGCGUUCGAGCAGCUGAUCCAGGGUGUUUUUACCAAUCCUGCCGUUUGAGCCACUGACCCCAGGUAAUUUAUCAACCCUUCAUGGUGUUUCCAAAUGGCAUUUUAGACACGAUCCUGGGUGUUUCUACCGACCCGUUGCUGUGUUUCCAAUUGCCAUUUGAACCACCAAUUCCAGGUGUUUUUACCAACCUUUGAAGCUCACAAAGCAAACAUUUUUUCUGGUGAUUAGAUUGUCUAACUGCAGGAAGUGUAUAUUUUUGGAGAAACGGGACUUUGGAGCAAUGGCCGUUUGUUUUUGAGACAAUGGGCUGUCAUAGUAACGGGCUUUGUGUCCAACAGAACAUUUUUGGACUAACGGGGCUUCUGAAUUUUGGGCUGUCGGAACAAGUAGCAGUCCCCAACAGCAGCUCUCUGAAUUAAAACUUCUUUUACCGAUUAAUUUAAAAGUGUGUUUUUAUCUUUAACAACCAAAAAUCGGAAUUUGCAUAUGUGCUUUGGUGUCUAUUAUUUAAAAAUUAUGCUAUCAGUCAACCUGGCGGCUGAAAUGAAAAAGAAACUGGUCCUCCCAGAUUUCCAGAUAUACAGAACAAACCAAAGACUUUUUAAUGAGAACAAAGCCUCACUUCGCAUCAUUAUGCAAUGAACUAAACCAGUAAAUAUCAAGUGUUGCCAUUCUUGUCUAAACUGCGCUGCAGCUACAAAACACCCUUCGCACACCGUCUCUGGUACCUGACAUACAGCUUAUAAUAUAAUAGAUAGCAAAGUGAGCCAGACAGAAGUCCCUCUGUGUAUCUGGUAUAUUUGAAGAAAGCUACAGCAACCAACUUCAAAUCAUGUGACUAUGAAUCAUUCAGACAUGUCUGUUUGUCACUUGUGUGAAAUAAUAAUAAAGUCUAAAAUGUGGGAGUGAGAGA